GCUAGCAGCUCUUUUUUUUUACGUCAAGGACAAGAGUUAACACAAUCGCUAAACACAAUACGAGCGUCGGUCAACACGAGAAAGGCUACCGCCAUGGCUUCAAGUGUUCCCAAUGGGGGCAAACGGGACGAAAAGGGGAGAAACAUCCAAGUGGUGGUCAGAUGCAGACCGUUCAACACGGUGGAGCGCAAGUCCUCCUACAACAUCAUCGACUGCGAUCCGAGCAGGAAGGAAGUUCUGGUGAAGACGGGGGGCGUUGUUGACAAGUCGUCCAAGAAGACGUACACCUUUGAUAUGGUGUUCGGACCCGCCGCCAAGCAGAUUGACGUGUACCGGAGCGUGGUGUGUCCAAUCCUGGACGAGGUCAUCACCGGUUACAACUGCACAGUGUUUGCUUAUGGCCAGACGGGAACGGGGAAGACCUUCACCAUGGAGGGGGAGAGAAGUCUGGAGGAAGAGUUCACCUGGGAGGAGGACCCCCUUGCCGGCAUCAUCCCUCGAACUCUCCACCAGAUCUUCGCAAAGCUGUCCGAGAACGGCACAGAGUUCUCCGUCAAAGUGUCGCUGCUCGAGAUCUACAACGAGGAGCUGUUCGACCUGCUCAGCCCCAGCGAAGACAUGAACGAGCGGCUGCAGCUCUUCGACGACCCGCGGAACAAGCGUGGCGUUGUGGUCAAAGGUCUGGAGGAGGUGACCGUUCAUAAUAAAGACGAGGUCUAUCAGAUCCUGGAGAGAGGGUCCGCCAAGAGGAGGACCGCCUCCACGCUCAUGAAUGCCUAUUCCAGCCGCUCUCAUUCGGUCUUCUCAGUCACCAUUCACAUGAAGGAGUUGACACUUGAGGGCGAGGAGCUCGUCAAGAUCGGCAAACUCAACCUGGUGGACCUGGCGGGAAGCGAGAACAUCGGACGCUCCGGCGCGGUGGACAAGCGAGCGAGGGAGGCUGGCAACAUCAAUCAGUCUCUCUUGACACUGGGCCGCGUCAUCACGGCUCUGGUGGAGAAAAGACCUCACGUCCCGUACAGGGAGUCCAAGCUCACGCGCAUCCUGCAGGACUCGUUGGGUGGGCGCACCAAGACCUCCAUCAUUGCCACUGUGUCACCGUCUUCCAGUAAUCUCGAGGAGACGCUGAGUACGUUGGAGUAUGCCAACAGAGCCAAAAAUAUCAUGAACAAGCCCGAGGUGAACCAGAAGCUCACCAAGAGGACACUCAUCAAGGAAUACACCGAGGAGAUCGAGCGCCUCAAGCGAGAUCUGGCCGCGGCCAGGGACAAACAUGGCAUCUACCUGUCAGCGGAAAACUACACGAGCAUGAUGGAGCAGAUCACCGCCAGCAACGAACACAUCGCGGAGUACACCGAACGCAUCGCUGCCUUGGAGGACGAGCUUAAGAAGGUGCGUGAGCUGUUCGCGGAUAAUAAAAGUCAGCUGGACGACAAGCAGCAGAGGCUGGACGAGACCAGCAGAGACCUGGUGGCCACAAAAGAGCGGCUGGUGGAGGAGGAGUUCAUCAGCAGGGAGUUGCACUCGGCCCAGGAGGAUCUUUACAGCACCGCCGCGCAGCUGCUGACCACGGCGGACGCCAGCACCAGCGACGUCUCGGGUCUGCACGCCAAGCUGGACAGGAAGAAGCUGGUGGAGCAGCACAACGAGACUGCACAGCAGAGUUUCAAUGAGCGCAUGUCGGCGGCUUUCGGCGACUUGCGGCACGUCGUCCGGCAGCAAGGCGACAAACAUCAACACAUCCUCAGCAGCUACUCGCAGGCCAUCGACGAUGUUCUGACGGGCAGCACGGCGGCGUUGACGAGUGCCGUGAGCGGCGUGAAGGGCCUGGUGGACGGCGUCGGGCAGCUGGUGGCCGAGGAUGCGGCGCGCUGGCAGGAGCGGGCCCAGCGGCACCAGGAACUCAGCCAGCAAGAGAGAGAUGUCCUCAAGGAGUUUCUGGAGGAGCACCAGAGGGAUAUGAAGGAAGUCCUUCAGGGUCAAACUCUGGUGGGUUUAUCAGUGCUCCACGAGCUGAUCUCCUCCCUGAAGAACAUCACGGUGGCGCAGCGAGCCGUGGCCGACCAGAUCGAGGACUUGAAGGAGACUGGGCAGUUCUUCUGCGGCCUGGUUUCUGACCUCGCGGCCCUCCGCGAAGCCACAGUCCAGAAUCUGAAUGGCCUCCAGGACAAACAUGACCAGCUGGAAGAGCAGAUCCAUAAAACAAAGGAGAAUAACCAGAAGGCCGUCCAGGUUCUGCAGGACCAGCUCGUCCUUCUGGCCAGGGAGUUGAGUGAGGACUACAAGAACUUGAACUCGUCCUGCAGAGCCCUGAAGACUCCUCUUCUGUGCCUUCAGGAGAACCUCAGCAGUGGCUGCAGCUCAAUGGAACAUCAGGCGGCCGCGCAGGCCCAAGUCGUGUGCUCGACCUCCUCGUCCGUCGCCUCCACGCUGCGCCUCCGCACCGAUGAGAGCCAGCGAGUCCUGGGGGAGGCCAGCGAUUGCUGUGAGGAGCUCCGGCGUGGCGUGUCAGGUUUGCUUCAACGAGACCAGGCGUGGAACUCGCGGCUGGCGGCGCACUCUGACAAGCGAGCCCGGGAACUGCUCACCCUGGCCGGCGAGGAGUUGGCCCACGCCCGGAGCCUCAAUCAGAGGGUGAACACUUACGGCGUGGAGCAGCUCCGCACGUUUGAGACGGAGCUAAGGGCCCGGCAGGAGGAAGUGAAGCGGGACCUGGAGAACCUGCGAAGCCAGACCUCCUUGGAUGGCGGCGCCCUGAACCAGCAGCAGGCCAACAUCCUGGGGCGGGUGGAAGCCGGUCACCAGCUGAUCCAGAACUUCCUGCGGGAGGAGCUGCGGCACGACGUAUCCACCGGUCAGACCCCUCAGAGGCGCGACUUCGUGUACCCACGGCAGAUGACGAAGACGGCGAGCCGUGCGGAAAUCUUGGAGAGUCUGAGACGGCUGAAGGCGGCCACGGAGGCGGAGGAAGACGACGACCACGACGGGAAGUCCAAAGAGGAUGAGGACGACGACGACGACAAAUUCAGCAAGCUUCAGGACUCCCUGGAGGACAAGCUGAGCACGUGCAACGAGAGCGCGGCCGCCGAGGAGUCCUUCAUCGACGAGAACCUGGUCUUCAACGAGAGCGAGCGCGUUCCCUUCUUCAAGAAAAAAAAGGGCAACAAGAAAAGAAGCAAAAUCUCCAGCAAGCCCAAAGUCUCCUGCAAUCAGGCCACGUCCACCCCGCAGAAGUCCAAACUCCCGCUGCGCUGUCAGAACUGAGCCGGGGGGAGUUGUCGCAGGUUUCCCCUGAGCUACCUUUUAACAA